AUGUACCGCAAUCUCUACGACACCGACUGCAUCACCUGGUCCCCCCAGGGUCGAGUGUUUCAAGUUGAAUAUGCAAAGCAGGCGGUUACUCAGGGGACUUGCUGCGUGGGGCUGCGGUCGGACUCCUACGUGGUGCUCUGUUCCUUGAAAAAGAGCCCCUCGAAACUUGCUGGGUACCAGCAGAAGCUCUUCUGCAUCGAUGAACAUGUUGGAGUUGCAAUCUCAGGCAUUACCGCUGACGCCAAGGUCCUAUGCGAAAUUAUGAGGAACGCCUGCCUCCAGCACAAAUUUACUUAUGACACAGAGAAGCCAGCGGCAAGGCUUGCGUUGCUUGUGGCUGACAAGUGCCAAAGCAACACCCAGCGCAGCGGCAAAAGGCCCUACGGCGUGGGGCUUUUGAUUGCUGCAUGCGAUGCUUCGGGGCCGCGGCUGUUUCAGAAUUGCCCCUCGGGAAACUAUUACGAAUACAACGCCGUUGCCUUCGGCGCGAGGUCCCAAGCUUCAAAGACAUACCUCGAGAAACACUUCGAGACUUUUCCCACCGGCAAGUUAAAAACCGUAAACCCUUCUUCGCUGGAUGACCUGCUCCUGCAUGGCGCGAAGGCCCUAAAGGCGUCUAUGGCCGCGGACACCGAGCUGACAGCUGAGUGUCUGUGCGUCGGGAUUGUCGGCCGCGGGCAGCCUUGGCGCGAGCUCAACCAUGAGGAGCUGCAAACCCUCGUGGAUCGUCUCACGAACGCUGAAUCUAGCGGCGACGGCGGUUCUAUGGCUGUGGAUAUGCCGGAGUAA